AUGGAUGGCGAAGGUCGGCGCGCCAAGAGGCCUGCCGUCGGUGGCGACAGCUCCACCUCUAGCACUUCUCGACCUACCCGUGGCGCCCGAGGGGCUCGAGGUGGCCGUGGAACCGCUGGUGGCUCGACGAGAAUGCCAAGCAAGCAAGCCGAGGUCAUUGCCCGCCAUCUGAAUAGUGGAUCUACACUUGUCUCACGAAUUUCCAACGUGUCAACUCGAUCCCAGCGAGGGCCAGUGACGCUUGUUUGGUUGAAGGUGAAGGGAUUGAAGGAAUCGAAAGCGGCGUCGAACCCGGGCGGCGGACUCAAAGACUUACUACAUUUCCUCGAACGCAAAGCUACUUCCUUGGCGACCCGAAGCAAUAACCGACCAGUAGCUAUUAAGCAGCAUCGAGAACAAGGAGACUACGUUCUAGUCGCCGCCACAUCAGAGGACUCGGAGGAACUUCUCAAAGUGAAUAGUUUUACCUUUGCAGGAACAGCCCUGUCCGUUGAGAUUGACGCGCAAGGUGGUCCUGAGCCUUCGGCGGAUGUCAAAGUGCUUCGAGACCACCUCCAAUCCAUCCUCAGCGUCCGAUACAUCGGCGAAAACAAACUUCUUAAGCUUGACGCCCUGAGCGCCGACCCAGCCAUCGUACAGGCCGGCCUUCUUGACAGCUCAGAGCGCGCCGAAAAGAUGUUCAAGGCUUUGAUGAGAGUUUGUGACGAUCUUUUCAAGACGAGAAAGGAUAAGAGCGACGCAAUUGAAAGCAUCAGCGUUGCCAACAACUCCAUCGAUAACGUGGUUUCCAUUGCCGUCCUCGGCGAUACCUUCCCCGACUUGCAAAACCUCGACCUAAGUGGAAACAACAUCUCCACCAUUGACGGUCUCCGCGGCCUGAGGGGCAAAUUCAAGCGCCUCCGGGCACUGUACCUCGCCAAUAACCCGAUUGAGGCGGGCCAGCCAGAUUAUAAGACCACCAUGUUGGAGUGGUUUCCAACCCUACAAGAUCUCAACGGUAUCCAGGUUCGCACGCCGGAGCAGGCGGCCGCUGCCGAGGCAGCAUCCCUACCUCGCCCGUUUCCCCAAGGCGGACCAGAUUUCCGAGAUGCCAAUAGUAUUGGCGAGAACUUCCUGCUCGACUUCUUUACCAACUACGACAACAACCGGCCCCAAAUUGUGGCCAAGUAUUACGACGAGACGAGCGCCUUCUCGCUCGCGGUUGACACGAACUCGGCCCGCGAUCCCAACCAACCGGCCCCUACCCUGGGCGGCAUAUCUCAAAUUCUCGCGCAACCUUACGAAGAUUACCCACCAACCUGCCCGUGUCCAGCGUCUGUUCAAAGGCGCAACUUUCAUCUCGGAGCUGUGGAAAUCUCUCCCGGCUUCGAAACACCCGGAUCUUAA